AUGACAAGGCUUACAAUACUUGCAGGCUUGUGUCUGGCGAUAUGCCAGCUGGGAUCCGCCAGCAAAAUGGUGUGCUACUUCACAAACUGGUCCCAAUAUAGACCUGGUGAGGGCAAAUACAUGCCACAAGAUGUGGACCCCUUCCUGUGUACCACACUGAUCUAUGCCUUCUCUAUCAUCAACCACAACAAUGAACUGGUUACAUAUGAGUGGAAUGAUGAUGUUCUGUACAAAUCUUUCAACAACCUGAAGACCAAGAACCCUCAUCUGAAGACACUCCUGGCUGUCGGCGGAUGGAACUUUGGUUCGGCACAGUUUUCCAUCAUGGUAUCCAAUCCAACUAACCGUCAGAAAUUUAUUCAGUCUACGAUAAAAUUCCUGAGGACUCAUGGAUUUGAUGGUCUGGAUCUGGACUGGGAGUACCCGGGAGCUCGUGGAAGCCCUCCAGAGGACAAGCAGAGGUUCACUUCCCUUUGCAGGGAACUUGUUCAAGCCUAUGCCGCUGAAGCCAAGGCCACUGGUAAUACUCAGCUAAUGCUGACUGCUGCUGUGUCUGCUGGAAAGGGGACAAUUGAUGGAGGAUAUGAAAUUGCAGAGAUUGCCAAGGAAUUGGACUUCAUUAAUGUGAUGACCUAUGACUUCCAUGGAACUUGGGAGCGGUUCACUGGUCACAAUAGCCCUCUGUUCCGUGGCUCCAAGGACUUUGGCGACCUGAUCUACUUUAACACCGACUAUGCCAUGAAGUAUUGGCGAGACAAUGGCACCCCAGUGGAGAAACUGAGGAUGGGUUUUGCUGCCUAUGGUCGUACUUUCCGUCUUACGUCGGCAGACACCGGAGUUGGCGCGCCAGCUAGUGGACCUGCAUCAGCUGGUCCAUUCACACGUGAAGCUGGAUUCUGGUCCUACUAUGAGAUCUGUGGCUUUGUGAAGGGCACUACCCUCCAGUGGAUCGAGGACCAGAAGGUUCCCUAUGCCACUAAAAACAAUGAGUGGGUGGGAUUUGACACCAGGGAAAGCUAUGAGAAUAAAGUGCGCUACCUGCAGGAGCAGAAAUUUGGCGGUGCUUUUGUUUGGGCUCUUGAUUUGGAUGACUUUGCUGGACGAUUUUGCGGCGCGGGCAACCACCCCCUUCUGUCUCAUCUAAACAAACUUCUCAACAUUGAGCUACCACCACUCCCUGCUACCACCACCCCCAAACCUAGUGCGAGCACCACCCCCCGUCCGACCACAGCCGCCACAGUCACAACCCAUGCCCCAGGAUCCGGCUUCUGUAACGGCAAACCUGAUGGCCUGUAUCCCAACCCAGAUGACAGAGCCAGCUUCUACAUGUGUGCAGGUGGCAUCACCCAUUUGAACAAGUGCGGAUCUGGAUCUGUCUUUGAUGAUAGCUGCAAGUGCUGCAUCUGGCCAUGA